AUGCUAGUGGCCUUCUGUGAGGCCCAGGUUAAAGUUUCGUUCGACCUGGACAACAUUCAGAUCAAGUACGUUGAUGAGGAUAAUGACGAGGUCUCUGUGAACAGCAAAGAGGAAUAUGAAGAAGCUCUGAAGAUUGCAGUUAAACAAGGAAAUCAGCUUCAGAUGAACGUAUAUGAAGAAAACUCGUUUCUGCAAGAAACUUCGUGUUCUUAUUCUUUGCAACUGCAAGAAAAAACUGUGAUGGCAAAGUUGGCACCUCUUAAAGAUGAGAAGAAACCCCUUCCGCACUAUUCCGCGCUAGCUCAGGGGUUAGAGGAAGACUUAAGGAAUGGAAAGGAGCUCACAGGUCAGCCAAAGUUCAGUCACACUGGAACAGGGAGAACAAAUGAAAAUCCUCCAGAAUGGUUUACUAGCUACUUGGAAACGUUCAGGGAGCAAGUAGUUAAGGAAACUGUUGAGAAACUGGAACAGAAGCUGUAUGAGAAGCUUGUUCAUCACCCUCAGCCUCCAGACUUUCCCGAGAGCUCCGCUACGGCCACAUCCCCAGCUUCUGAGAGCCAGCCAGGGAAUGACAACCCCUGUGACUGGCUGAUCUCCUGCUGCAACUGCCAGGCCCGAAUUGUUGGGGUUCGCUACCAAUGCAGUCUUUGUCCAGCCUACAGCAUCUGCGAACAGUGCGAAGCAGGGACGUACGCGCACGAUCCCAAUCACGUCUUGCUGAAGUUGCGGAGGCCUGUGCUGUGCGUGGCGGAGAGUUACAGCCUUGCGGAGUGCUCGCCUCGCCUGCCUGCUGCUCUGGAGCAAGUCAGGCUCCAGAAACAGAUGGACAAAAGAUUUCUGAAGGCAGAAAAGCAAAGAUUACGAGCGGAGAAGAAACAGCGAAAGGCAGAGGUCCGAGAGCUGAAGAAGCAGUUAAAAUUGCACAGGAAAAUUCAUCUGUGGAACUCUGUCCAUGUGUUGGAAACUGGUGGCUCACCUGCUCUGAAACCCGAGAGUCUCCAAGCUAAUACCUUCCCGAGUCCCAGCCAACCCUUCCAAGCAGUUGUCCCAACGCUAAGCGCGGUAUUUGUGGAUGAGAAUUUGCCGGAUGGGACUCAUUUGCAACCAGGAACAAAGUUCAUCAAACACUGGCGAAUGAAAAAUACUGGCAGUGUGGAGUGGAGCGCGGACACUAAGUUGAAACUGAUGUGGGGAAAUCUGACGUUGGCAUCGUCUGGAAAAAGAGACGUGUUAGUGCCAUCCCUUCCAUCGGGACAAGUGGGCACGGUUUCAGUUGAGUUUGUAGCUCCUAAUAUAGAAGGAACUUACACCUCUCACUGGAGGCUGUCACACAGAGGGGAACAGUUUGGGCCCAGGAUCUGGUGCAGUAUUAUUGUGGAUCCCUCCCCAGCUACUGACUGUGUAGAAAGCAACGGGAAGGAUUCUGACACCGGUCGGAAGGAUAAAGCUUCCAGCUCCAAACAGGAUGCUUCCUUAAAGGCAGAAGCAGAUGCACAACUGGUGGGUGAAGUUAUGGAGCAGGCUGAAACACCUCUGCCAACUAUUCCUUUAAAGAUCAAGAAUGUGCCCAGUGAGAGAGAAUUUUACAUCCCGUCUGUUGAUCUCCUCACUGCACAGGAUUUGCUGUCCUUUGAGCUGUUGGACAUUAAUAUUGUGCAGGAAUUGGAGCAAGUGCCACACAAUACUCCUGUUGACAUGACUCCGUGCAUGUCCCCUUUGCCGCAUGAUAGCCCCUUGCUGGAGAAGCCUGGCUUAGGUCAGAUAGAGGAGGAGAGCGAGGGCAGUGGAUUUAAACCAGUCUCAGGAACAAAGGAGGGCUGCUUUCCAGCAGACACCGGCAUAGUGAAGGUGAAGGCUGAACAUCCGUUGAACCAGGAGGAAGGGGAGGAAGAUAUGAGUGGGACUCAGUUUGUCUGUGAAACUGUAAUUCGCUCUCUGACGCUGGACGCUGCUCCUGACCAUAAGCCCCCACAAAAGAAGAAAAUCCUCCAGAACUCUUCACAAACGUUGCGAGAGGCCUUCAGCUGCAGUGUGAUAACUGAGGAAUCUCCUGCGGUAGAACCUGAUUCCGCUCCCAGAGAGGAAGCAAAGGUUCUCCAGUCCAAGGCAAGGACAGGAAAUGACCGUGGGGAUCUUCCGUUGUCUGAUGAGGGAGCAAGCCCCUGCAGUGACACCGGCGAUUCUGAUGAAGAGAAAGAUGAGGAUAAAGAUGACAUUCAAAGUCAAGGCUCCUCUGCUUCCUCAGAGGAUUACAUCAUCAUUCUCCCAGAGUGCUUUGACACCAGUCGCCCCUUAGGGGAGUCAAUGUAUAGUUCAGCUCUUUCUCAGCCCAGUCUGGAAAAGAUGGGAGAAUUGGAAAGGGGAGCAGAGAAUCCAGAAGGGGAAAGCCAGCCAGAGACCCACAGCACCAGGGAAGACACGACAGCUUCGCAAACCCUGGCUGUAGUGCUAGGCGCCCCAGAGGCUGUGGACGCCUUACCCCAGGCCCAGAGCAGUGUUGCAUCUCUUCAGAAUCAUAUCUUCCAAGACCCAAAUGCAGCAGCUUCAGAGAACAGCUCUUCCGCUCCUCAUAAUCAAAUAAGAGAAGAACCCAGUGGUGAAGAUAGCCAAGGACCAGGAUCUUCUGGAUAUCUGACUAGUAAACAGAAGUGGUCGGAACACCCCAGGUACCCUCCAGGGAGCAGCAUUGCAGGAGAACUAGUGAAAGGAGCUUUGUCAGUUGCUGCUUCUGCCUACAAAGCGUUGUUUGCUGGCCCCCCCGUUACAGAGCAGCCUGCAGCCACCGCAGCGCACACCGCCGCUCUUCUGUCCAGCCUGGGCGAGAUGGGGUUCUGCGACAGGCAGCUGAACCUGCGCCUGCUGAAGAAACACGACAACAACGUGGUUCAGGUGGUAACGGAGCUGCUGCAGAUGGGUAACGGCGACUGGUACAGCAGCAGGUGCUGA